GCCGCGAGAGGGAGUUCGUAAACUUGACAUUGGAGAGGCCAAAAACACGCUCGCAACAACUCGCGUUCCGAAAAUGAAAAUGUGAAAAUUCCUGCAGACUCUGAAGAAGUAACCGGAUAAAAGCAAGUGCUGAAGAAAAUGGUAUUGUUUGUGUUGCGUGAUGCCUAAGUGAUUUAAAAUGACUUCCUGGAUCGUCCUUACGGUUAUCCUGUUCGGAAUCCUCGCAGUUUAUGCGGAUAAUUUAGCUUUGUUAUCAGGGACUCUGAGGACGUACCAGCGAGCCGGUUGUGAUGACGAAGUAGUGACUCUCCGAUGUCCACCCGGAACAAGCAUUUCGAUCGAAUUAGCCCAAUAUGGCAAGUCGGCUCCGUCCAAAUCAUUGUGUGGUCCUAAAGCAACCCAGUCGUCGAUUUCGAAGACUUCGUACAACUACAACGUGUCCUGUCUGUGGCCCAAUUCGUUGCAGACCAAGUGGGAGGAAGUAGCGCAAGGAACAUGGGGGAGAUACUCGUUGUUGCAGACUGUCGUGGAGGCCUGCCAGAAGAAACGCCAGUGCAAGUUUAAAACGUCCCCGAAGACGUUCGGAGGAGAUCCCUGUCCGGGCGUUCGAAAAUACGUCGAAGUAGCUUACAAGUGUAGGCCAUAUGAGUUUCGAAGUAAAGUGGCCUGCGAGAAUGAACGAAUUCAAUUGAAGUGCAAUCCCAACUCAAGGGUUGCCGUAUACAGCGCGAGCUACGGAAGAACAGAAUACGAAAGCAUUCAGUGCCCGCAGCCUCAAGGCGUACGCGAGGAAACAUGUUUGGUUAGUUACGCUACUGAAACUGUGAUGCAACUUUGCCAUGGUAAACGGAGCUGCGAAUUGUCGGCCGACAUAAGCACCUUUGGCAGUCCGUGUCGACCAGAGUCGCGCAUGUAUCUAAAAGUAGUCUACACCUGCGUUCCAAGAAAAGUUCUAAAAGAACAAUACGAAGGCCGUUUAGAACCGGACGAAGUUGAAGCCGACCAAGAAUUUGCAAACGACGACGACGACGAUUUUGAUACUUACGAUGCCGGCAACGAAUUCAUUAGAGAAUCUGCCGCUUCGCCUCCCGCCCCCAACAUCGAAGGCGCUGGAAAAGGAGAUAAUCUAACCAAGGACUCUCCCAAUGUUAACGCAAAGAGUCCUGCACACAAGUCUAACGGACUUGAUUUCGCGUCCUUUCAGCCUUACACAACUCCUCGUACUAACCUGUUCCGCCCAUCCCGAGUUCCCGCCGUGCAGAAAGCUACUAAAGACAUGCAAGCCGACGAUAUCCCAGAUCCCAACUGCACGAUCACGGUCUAUACGGAGAAAACCCGAGUGGUCGGCUUCAUUUCCGAAUGGAUAAACGCGUACACGUUUAUUUCACAGAACCAAGAGAGGUUCUACUUGUACCUGAUAGUCAGCAUUGCCGGCGCCAUCCUCCUCUGCCUCACGAUCCUCGUGGGGCGGCUCCUCGUCCAAAGGCACCGCGCCCGCAGGGAGGCCAAGUUCCACGCCACCAACAUCGCUGACCAUUCUUUGCCCAACGGCUUUACGGACGACAUCAGCGAGGUCGAUGCCGACAUUGACCUGACGACGCCGCUGCCCACGGUCGCCAUACACUCUACGGCGGUUCCCGUGGGCAGCAUCGCCGAGGUGGUGCGGUACCCACACGCUCACUCGCACACCCUGCGGAGGCCGGCCCCAGACAGCGAUGUCCCCAGGAGUCUCAGCAGCGGCUCGAAUAGUCACUAUUAUUAUGGGUGACCAGAAUGCCCGGGGCGCGGAUCGGCUGUGCCGACCUCCCCUACUACAUCUGCGUGCCCGGGCCAACGUACCUAUUGCUUCUAGUGACGCUCAGUGCCGCGACCAGUGACCCAGACCAAAGAUACUGAUAUCCUCACCUCAAGACUAUGUGAAUGAUUAUUUCGUUAUGCAAUUCUUUCAAAUUGUAAUUACAAGCUCCAGUAUCUUAUUUAUGGCGACGUCUAGGAGUUAUCACGAGCAGAGGACUACCACUGCUGAACCUAUACUGUGCCAUUCGAUAUUAUAUAUGCUCCUCUUGUUGCACCUUUUCCCAGUAGACAUGUUGUUCUUAAUUGUUAUUGUAUAUCUUGAAAGGUGGAUAAAAACAAUCGUUAGCUUGUAA